AUGAUGCCAUCAUUAAUCAACACCGCACCAAAACUGCCACCUAAUCUGUAUCGUCCUAACUCGUGGAUGGAUCCGACAAUGCAACCAUUUUUCUAUUACAAUUUAGCCCUUAAUGAUCCAAAUCACAAACGAAAAAACGCAACACGCGAAACAACGGCGACACUUAAAGCAUGGCUUUAUGAACAUCGAAAAAAUCCGUAUCCAACCAAGAAUGAGAAAAUGGUCUUAGCCAUGGUAACAAAAAUGACAUUGACACAAGUGUCAACGUGGUUCGCUAACGCACGGCGACGUUUGAAAAAAGAAAACAAACUACAUCGAACAACGAAUAAUAGUAAAAGUGAAGAAGAAGAAGAAGACGAUGACGACGAUUGUGACGAUGAUGAUGUCGAUGAUGAUGAAAAUGAGAAUGAAAAUGACUCUCAUGUUGCUAUCAAUCAAGAACAAACAGUAAAACCAGCAAGUUCGAGUAAUUCAAAACGCAAACGUGAUGACGAUGACGAUGAUAAUCAAACUAGUUCAUUUAAACCACCACCAACAAGCCGUCCGAAGAUUUGGUCGCUUGUCGAUGUUGUUCAAUCGAAUGAAACUAAACGCACAAACCCAUCUUCAACAUCAUCCUCAUCGUCUUCAUCAUCAUCAUCAUCAACAACAACAACAGCAGCAGCACACAUCAUUCAUCCAUACAUAACACCUUCGAUACCAUAUUUAUUGUAUCCUCCACAAUCGACAAGUUCGCCAUCACAUUCCUCGGAUCAUUCGAGAAAUUCUUUGUCAUCUCCAAAUUCCUCAUCAACUAGUUGUUCACCGACGAAAUAG